UGAAGUGUCAUGUCAUGACAGACGUUUUUACAUUUGCAUUGUGACAGAGGAAGAAACGGAUGGUCGCUGAGAUUUGCUUGUUCAUGUUCAAAUAAUAGAUCUACCCACAUUACAGUUUGAAUUCGCUUCAUCCUCUUUCAGUUAUCAGUCUUUUUUAAAUAAAAAGUGACAUUUGGAAAUGGCAACCUUUAUCUUCGAGGCACUGGGAUUUUUUUGCACGUCUCUUCUGCUCUGCAAGGUGUGGGCUGUUGGGGGCGAGGGGGCCGUGUUCCUGCGAGAAUUUACACUGAUCCGCAGAGAUAAUCUUCAAGAGGAGUCGCUUUCUGAAAGCCUGGCUAACCACAAAUCUGAUGAUCCUAGCUCGCGGACUGCUCGUUCGGAGGAGGACAGGGACACGCUGUGGGACGCCUGGGGACCCUGGAGCGACUGCUCACGGACCUGUGCUGGGGGAGCCUCCUACUCACUGAGACGAUGCCUCAGCUCCAAGAGUUGUGAAGGACAGAAUAUAAGAUACAGGACAUGCAGCAACGUGGAAUGUCCCCCAGAGGCAGGAGACUUUCGGGCCCAGCAAUGUUCGGCCCAUGUGGAUGUCAGGUACCAGGGUCAGUACUACGAGUGGCUUCCUGUCUACAAUGACCCUGAGAACCCCUGUGCCCUCAAGUGCAAAGCAAAAGGAACUUCCCUGGUGGUGGAACUGGCACCCAAAGUCCUGGACGGGACGAGGUGCUACACGGAGUCGCUGGAUAUGUGCAUUAGUGGCACAUGUCAGAUUGUUGGCUGUGACCACGAAUUAGGAAGCACUGCUAAAGAAGACAACUGUGGAGUGUGCAAUGGAGAUGGGUCUUCCUGCAGAUUAGUCCGAGGGCACUACAAAUCACAGCUCUCCACAAGCAAAACGGAGGAUACAGUCAUUGUCAUUCCCUACGGAAGUCGACAUGUUCGACUGGUCUUGAAAGGCACUGAUCACUUGUAUUUAGAGACAAAAACCCUUCAAGGCUUGAAAGGAGAUAAUAAUCUAAGCACGUCUGGCCCUUACCAUAUUGAGAAUACAACCGUGGAUUUUCAGAAGUUUCCGGACAAAGAGAUCUUGAGAAUGGCGGGACCACUGAGGGCAGAUUUCACUGUCAAAAUCAGUUACGUCAGCGCAUCAGACAGUGUGGUUCAGUUCAUCUUUUACCAGCCUAUUAUACAUCGCUGGAGGGAGACCGAUUUCUUCCCAUGUUCAGUCACUUGUGGUGGGGGAUACCAGCUGACCUCGGCAGAGUGCUUUGACCUGCGCAGUGGCCGGGUGGUGGUGGACCAGUAUUGCCACUACUACCCUGAAAAUGUCAAACCCAAGCCGAAGCUGCGAGAGUGCAACAUGGACCCCUGUCCUGCUAGCGAUGGCUACAAACAAAUCAUGCCCUACGACCUCUACCACCCUUUACCUCGGUGGGAGAGCAGCCCCUGGACAGCCUGUUCCAUGUCCUGUGGCGGGGGGAUCCAGAGCCGCUCAGUGUCCUGUGUGGAGGAGGACAUCCAGGGCACCGUCACCACUGCCGACGAAUGGAAGUGUCUGUACUCCCCCAGGAUGCCCAUCAUCCAGCCCUGCAACAUCUUUGACUGCCCAAAGUGGCUAGCGCAGGAGUGGUCACCUUGCACAGUGACAUGUGGCCAGGGACUUCGGUACAGGGUGGUGCUCUGCAUCGACCACCGAGGGCUUCAUGCAGGAGGGUGCAACCCCAAGACCAAGCCACACAUAAAGGAGGAGUGCAUUGUGCCUGUUCCUUGCUACAAACCCAAAGAGAAGCUUCCGGUAGAAGCCAAGCUGCCCUGGUUCAAACAGGCCCAGGAGCUGGAGGAGGAGAAGGCUGUGACUGAGGACCCUACGUUCAUCCCAGAGGCCUGGUCCCCUUGCAGCAGGACGUGUGGCGCAGGGACGCAGAGGCGGGCGGUCCGCUGUCAGGUCUUGCUGUCUUUCUCCCAGACAGUGGCCGAUCUACCCGACGACGAAUGUGAUGGCCCCAAACCCCCAGAGACGCAGCCCUGCUACCGGAGACCCUGCGGGAAUGACGAGGAAGAAGAGGAAGGAGCCUUCCAUCUUGUAGAGCAAGAAGAGCUUCACGACUGGGAGUAUGAGGGCUUCACCGAAUGCUCAGAGUCCUGCGGGGGAGGGCUGCAGGAGGCAGUGGUGAUCUGCCUGAAUAAACAGACCCGAGAAGUGACGCAGGAGAACAUGUGUGUGAGUCACCGACGGCCCCCCCAGCUCCUCAAGACCUGCAAAACAGAGCCCUGCCCUCCCAGGUGGGAGACAGGGGCCUGGAGCUCCUGUUCUGCUUCCUGCGGGGUGGGGCUGAGGACCCGCGGCGUGGCCUGUAAGCACCUGCUUUCCAGGGAGAACAAUGAAACUGUCGUUGUGAGCGAUGACAAGUGUCGGUUGCUGAAACCCACUCCAGUGCAAGCCUGUAACCGCUUUGACUGCCCUCCAAGCUGGGAGACCCAGGACUGGGAGCAGUGUUCCCGUAGCUGUGGAGGAGGCGUACAGAAGAGGGUGGUUCUCUGUAAACAGCGUCUUGCCGACGGCAGUGUGUUGGAGCUGCCGGACACCUUCUGCCCAUCUCCAAGCCCUCCAGCCCAGCAGGCCUGUGAGAGGAGCGAGUGUCCAGCCAAGUGGGCCUCCAUUGAGUGGUCACAGUGCUCCGCUACCUGUGGGGAAGCAUCUCAGACACUAGUGGUGGUGUGCAGGAAGCUGAAUGAAAACGGUGAAUAUGUCAUUCUCAACUCUUCGGCCUGUUCCUCUCUGCCACAGCCCUUGACUCUGAGAUCCUGUUCUCUGGGACCAUGUGGAAGGUCUGCCAAGCCUGCAGGUACUAAGCUCAGUCCACAUAUCCUGGCUCAGAGGAAGGUAUACGUUCAGUGGAGAACAGAGAAAAAGUUACAGUUUGUUGUCGGAGGAUAUGCCUAUCUGAAGCCAAAAACCUCAGUGAUUAUCCGCUGUCCUGUCAGACGGUUCCACAGGGGUCUGUUAAGAUGGCAAAAGGAUGGGAAGCCACUUGCUGGUUUGUCCCACAUCACAGUCACACCGUUUGGAUACCUUAAAAUCCAGCACCUCAAGACGUCUGAUGCUGGGACCUAUACCUGUGUGGCAGGCCAAGCACAGGAGAGUUUUGUUGUUAAGAUCAUCGGCUCCAAACAUAAGCUCACCGCUCCAGAGAGCAAUCUGUGGUUAACAGCUACGGGCAAAACUCUUCGAGAACAUUUCCUCUUGCAAGAUAAAGUGCAGGACCCAAGGGUUAAACUCAGCCUGUAUGAUGACAUUGUCCUCCGACUCUUAGAGCUGAAAGCUCCUUCAAAGGAGAAUCAAUACUCCGGAGAGCUGCUCAAUUCAUCGGAGAAAAACGUUUCAUUUUUGGAGGAGGACCACAGUCUGGAGACCUCUGUUCCUCUGACUCUUGUGACUGAGCAGUGGAAACUGGAUGAAAUCAUCAGAAACCUGUCUUUCCAGCCAGAAGAGCUCAGGAGUUCCUUUGGUGACAAGCUCAUUAUGCAGCUGCUAGGGGAACUCACCAAGAACAAAGGGGAAAGCAAUGAAUCCACUUUGCAGCAUCCUGAAAGGGGUGAGCUGACCUCUCUGGAAUCAACCACCCAUAAACUUAAUCCUGCGUUUCACAAGGUCUCAGUCAACACAGACAUACUCAGGUCUCGGGGCUCUACUGGAACUCCCAAAGAACAGCCCAGAGCCCCUUGGAUCAUGCAGAAAGCAUUGCAGAAAAACCCUGCUUCCUCCUCAGAGGUCAUUGUCCACAUUGGCCUUCCAGUCCUGCUGCACAGGUGGACCAACAAGCUGGAGCUCAGAUGUGAGGCUGCAGGCAGCCCCGAGCCAGCUGUCAGCUGGUCUAAGAAUGGAGUAGAGCUCCAUUACAGCAGCAGAGUAGAAAAGAUGCCAGAUGGCACCCUGAAGAUUCUGGCACCAAGUGAGGCUGAUGCGGGACUCUACACUUGCACUGCCAGGAACAGCAUCGGCUCUGCUUCCCUGUCCUCUGAUGUGCAGCUUGCAGCUCCUCCACAGGCUGCUCCAGAACUUGCAGAUUGGGCAGCUCUGGUUUCAGCAGCAGAGCCAGGCAUCCAAACGCUCCUCAUCGCUGGCAAUAACACCAGAGCGUCCCUAACAGUGGGAUCUCACAUUCUCAUUGGAUGCCCAGUGAAAGGUCGUCCCAGACCACAGAUCUCCUGGUUUCACAACAGCCAGCCACUGGCUAAGGAACUGGGGAUUUCUUAUCAGCUUCUGGCAGAGAACCACGUCUUACAGAUCUCGCGCAUCACAAAGAAUCUAGAAGGGGAAGUGAGCUGUCUCUCAGAAAAUGAAGCAGGAACCCUACGGCAGAGCGCAGCCUUAGACAUACAAGGUGUUAUGUCUGCUGGGCAAAGAUGUCUCCUGGAUGGAGUGAUGAGCAACAACUCCCAGUGCACGGAUAAGACUAAUUCUUCACUGACGACAGAGCCCUGUAAUGGGCACCAUUGUUCUCCCAGGUGGCUGGUGUCACCCUGGUCCCUGUGUUCCAGGAGCUGUGGGGGUGGUCUUCAGAACCGCACAGUGUCGUGCCACAGGGAGCCCGCUGAUGGCAUCUCCACUCCCCUGGCCGACAGCAGCUGCUCUGAGGCAGGCCAGCGGCCUCCAGAUUCACAGUCUUGCAACACACUGCUCUGUGUGGGCUGGGCAACCUCUUCCUGGACACAGUGUCAAGGACAGUGUGUCGGACUGAGACUGGCGACACAGCACAGACACGUCUUCUGCCAGGACAAGAAUGGCACUGGGCUUCCUCUGAAUGAUUGUGAUGGUCUUCAGAGGCCUGCUGCGUCUCGACACUGCCCCCUGGAGGCCUGCGCGGUGCAGUGGCGAGCGCGCUCCUGGACUCAGUGCACCGCCACCUGUGGGAGCCAUGGUUUUCAGUCCCGCCACGUGACGUGCGUCCACCUGCGCAGCAGCAAGCCCGCCAGAGAGCUGCAGUGCUCUUGGAGGCCGAGGCCGGCCAGCUGGCAGCGUUGCAACAUCCUUCCCUGCGCCAAGACCGAAUGCCGGGACUCCACCAGGUACUGCGAGAAGGUGAAGCAGCUGAGUCUCUGCCAGCUGGCGCAGUUCAAGACGCGCUGCUGCGAGGCCUGCAGGGACACCUGAGGGCCGCUGCCGGCCUCCUGCGGGCGGGACAGAAAGGCACGAGGUGGGACGGGCACCACCCUGCAGAGGAGAGGCUUUUUGUUAAGGGGGCCGGAUUGCCUUGGAAACGACCCAGCCCAGUAACGAAAACCCUAGCGACUGGGGAGAAAAGUUCAACGUUCCAUUUAAGGCUUUUUAUGUUAGAGGUUUUUUUUUACAUUUUAUUAUGAGGGCUGCUGUGGGGCCAGGAAGACUUUUCCUUGCGCCAGAGAAGAGGAUUGCACUCAAAAGCACACAGGAGGGCCUGUGUGCUGAACUCCUUUGUCAUCUCGUCAAAGUGUGACUCCAGGUCCUGAGACCUGUGAGACUUAUGGCCAUCAUUAAGGCUUUACAGUAUUAGUACAAAGGAGUAAAAUAAUGUUGUCUUGGGGAUUCAUUUCCUAGGCAUUGUGUUUUCGGCUAAUGCAUUAUGUUUUUCUUUCUUUUAAGAAUGCCACUGGAAAAUUAUAUUUAAGACGCAGGCUACUUUGUAGUGAACAUGUUUACAGUGCUUUCAGUUUGGACAGGGCAAUGCAACAAAAAUGAUAAUGACGACUGAUAAUUGGCCAAAUGUUGCUAUUGUUGGUUUACCUCUGAAAGUAACAAAUUUGUCCCAUUAUUAGCUGUUAUCACACCAUUAUAUUAAGAUAAUAGUAUGUGAGUCCUGGAGUUGUUGGAUAAAUGGAUUAAAGGACGCAGCAGUUGUAGGAUAUUGAAGAAGAUGAAAGAUAUGCUGGCCCAUUGUAGUAAUUCACAUCUG